AUGGCUGGAAUCAAGCUGCAGCCAACCCAUCCACUGGCAAUGAUAUGUCGACAACUAGCACAAGACAAUGGAUGGGGAGCGGUUUCAGAAACAGCACUGAACCUUUCACGGGAUUUGUUCGUCAAGAAUCUUGGUCGAGGGCACAGUGGGACGUUUGCCGUCCAUCGAUCAUUGAUCUGUCUCCUCCCUCGCGACAAACAACUUGAGGCGGCGAAGCGACUGUGUGAGGACUUGGUCAAUAGUGCGGAGCAAGAACUGGUCGCACAAUCUAGAGUUUCUCUUCACCAAAGAAAGCCAACGUCUAUCAGCAUGACUGAGCUGUGCAUUGCCAUGACCGAAUUGGUCCACAUCUAUAUCGACAUGGAAGACUACGGUGUGGCGCAAGAACUGUGCUUAUCGGUGGUCCAAAACUACAAAACUAUCCCGGGAGUCAAUUUUCCGGACAGCCGGGCCGCAUAUGCGAUGGAAGACAUGGAGAUGUUGAAGGGGCAAUCUGCUGGCUGA